AAUAAUCUUUUUAGGGACUUCAAUCAAUCGCUCAUUCCAUGGGAAACGGAGAUCCGAGAGGCAGUCAAAAUCUUAAGUUCCUUGGGUUAUGAAAUAAUAAUAGAAACGAAAACCGGAGAGAAAAACAAAGAUAUGCUAAAAAGGAAGGAGAAAGAGAAAGAAAAGCUGAAAGUGGAAGGGAAAACAGAGGAAGAGCUGAUAGAGGAUCUCCCCGAAAAGAUUAAGUUUAUAAAAUUACUUGAAAAAGCAAUUCCCCAGGAAGAUAAAUCUUCUGGAGAGAUGAAAAAGUUUCUUAGGGAAGACUUGGAAGAGGAAUGUGGUCAGCUGCUGCAAAAGAAUGGAAUUUUUGACGAGCUGAAAUUAAAAACCGACGACUUAGAUAGGGGCAUCAUAAAUUUAUAUAGUGAAGAUCUGUAUGAGUUCUAUGAAGAGCUGAAAAAAAUAGCCACAACCUUGGACAAGCUGAUGAGGUAUUUUAGAACUGGUGCCAGCUACAGUGUAGAGAACGAAAAGAUUAGAGACUUUGAAGUGAACAGACAAGCCUUAAUACGCGCAUUUAAGCAUCUCACUCAGAACCCAUUUAAGGAUGAUGAAGAAGAUUUCGCUAAACAUAUUACACAUUUAGUGGUCAUGAUAUGUGAAGCUACGAGAUUUAUACCAAUUGCAGAGCACAUUGAGAAGUGUUACACAAGUACGUCAAACACUAAAAUGAGUGAAAAAGACGUCGCUCUGAUAAAUAUGUGGAGUGAUUUAUCAGGCAUAAUCACACGCGGGUGGACUUACAAGGGUGAAAGAGAUUCGGGGAUGGUAGCAUUUGUGAACUCAGUUGCAGUCAUCAAAGCUACGAAUUCAUUGGAAGAGUGAAUGGAGCAAAAAACAUACAGAGACGAGAAAGCCCGUGUCAUUUCACAAAACUAUUUCGUCCACAGACCAUCGUCUCUUCUUCUAUGGUGUGCUGCCUUUCAGUAUUCUCUUUUAAGCAGGUACGCUGUUAGCGACUCUAUGGACUACUUGUCUGGAAAGCAAAGUUGGCAUUCAGAAGAAUCUCGUACUACUUUCAAUUUAAUGUGAAAUAAGAUUGUGUUCUGAGUUAAUUUGUGCAUGUCUUUGUUUGGGAUUGUGACUUCUGCCGUGUCUUUGUUUGGGAUUGGAUUAUAGUUGUCUAUUUUGAUUGAAUUUCCGUAUUUUGUUUGUUUAGCUCAUGCAGCAAAUCAUUGUUGUUUCCAUUUUAUGUUGUUGCUGUUUCUCAAGACUCUGUGUGGAUUGUGCAAAUGAGCAUUAGCCUCAGACUCUAAAAUUAAGACACCCCGACUAUACGUACGUGUUUGACUUAACUUAUAAGUAGUGAACCCUAUUAUAAUUAACAGUCUAGAAUAACCCGACUACAUGUGCGUGUUUGAGUUAGCUUAUCAAUAGAACAUAAGUUAAAAAUUUUACUUCACCUUAGAAACUACUUAAAAGUGGAAUCAAAGAUUAGCAAACUUGAAUAUUUGGUACCAUCUCUUUUGCUUGUGUCAACAGAAAUAGAUAAUGCGACGAAGCAGUGAACCAAAACAAGUUGCCAUUAUCUUUUUUCAUUUGUUUAUGUUUGUUGAAGCCUUGGUUUCUGCCGGCUCCGGUUUGUUUAAUAAGCCACAAGGCCAAAACUUCACAAUCACCUUUUGUAUAUUAAAUAUCAACUGGCAUUCUUUAGAUUAGUAUAUUAGUAGUUGGAGACUUGCAGUUGUUGAAUCCGGAAAGACCUGUAAUAAAAAACUAUCUUCCGUCACUACAUUGCUAACAUCUUCGAGCUUAUAUGACAUCUACCUCUCAGCCCACUGCGGCUUCAUCUGAACCGCUUACUCUAGACCUUGAUAGCGAACACAAAGCUGGGUACGAAGAGUUCAUCGAAAGCUUAAUUAAGGAAUUUUGGGAUUGUCCUGUAGCAAAAUAUCUUACAAGCCUUGAUGAAGUGGGCUUUGAUGAAGAGUUGAAACCGAAAAUUGAAAAAUGUUUCCCUCUAAUGUUUGUUGGCACUGCUGCAAGCCUCGAAGGUGAGGCCACUGACAUGAAAACAGUUUAUCGAACCCAUAGUCCAGCAGAGUUGAAGGAUAAGAAUUGGGUUUUCCAAGUAAGGUUAAAGCAUGGGGGUCGCAAUUUGGAGAUUUUGAUAAAGAAAAAUAAUCUCUACUUAGUCGCGUACAAGGGUAAAUUCAAUACAAAAAAAGAUGGAACAGAGCAAGAUGAAAACUGGAUUGUUCUAGAUGGGAAAAACCAUAACGAAGUUGCUGAGUCUAUCAGCAAGUUCCUGACACCAAACUCGCUAAAGAAGGUUACACUGGGUACAUCAUACACUGCAUUGUUUGGCAAAUCUGGUCCGUCAUUUUAUGAUUCUGCGCGAGAGUCAGACUUGUAUGAAAAUUUGAAGAAGAAAUUGGAAAAGUUUAAAGGACUAGCAGAGCGAGAAGAAGAGAGAAACAUAAAAUACGCCAAAACAAAAUUGGGGGAAAUAAAAUCAAAAAUUGAAAGACAGCAAGAAGAAAAUAGUGAGGGGUCGGAACGAUUAAUGGGAGGUUAUGAAAGUCUGGAGGAAAAUGAAGAUUUCAAGAGAGUGAACAGAUUGUUGAAUAUGGUGCCAAAAGAUAUUACCCGUGAGCAUGUAGAAGAACUUGAGGGUAUUGCUAACGAAGCAGAACGAGAUUUUUUGAAUCAUUUAAAAAAGCCGCAAGCGGAUCAUAUCCCUGCAGGAAAGCUAAUAGAAAAGCUGCAGAAAAAAAAUGAAAAUUAUAAUCAACAAGGUCAGGUGCCGAAUGAAGCAGAGGCAAGCGAAAACCAGAGGAACCCCUUCUCCAAAGAAUGGCCGAUUUUGUGGGGAAAGAUGUUCAAGAAGAGAGUCGUCAUCUUGGGUAGCUUGGCUGCUGGAAAAAAGGAUACAAUAGAUUGGGCUAAGAGAACGGAAAAAUAUACUCUAGAAGACUGGAAAGAGGAACUUCAAGCCCUGAUCAAGCUGACAAGAAUGCUAAAGAAAAAAUUUGGGAUAGAUGGAACACCAGAAACGAACCCCACUGAUGACAAAAUAUGGGAAGUUUUUUUUUCAGAAAAAGCUAAACUGAAAAAACAAUAUGAAGCGGUGAACAAAGAGGAUCAGGCUAAGUUCUAUAAAGAGCUUAAAGAAAUGUCUGAUGUCUUAAAAUACAUGAUGCAGAGUGUUAGAGCGGAUGCUGAAAUCAUAGAAGUGAAGGAUCGUUUGGCAAAAGUGAAGUUGAACAGACUAGCCUUCACAGAAGCAGUCGAGUAUCUCACCAAGUCCUCAUUUGGUGAGAACGAGGGAGAAACCGCGAGUCAUAUUAUAAAGUUGGCCAUAAUGAUAUGUGAAGCUGCGAGAUUUCCAGAUAUCAAGAAGCAUGUUGCAAACAAUUACCACAAAACAACCCAUGAGGACACUGCUUCUUUAUCUGAAGAAUGUAUUACUUCCGUGUAUAGGUGGAGUCAUCGAUCGGCCUUGAUGCAACGUGGGGGGGUGUACGCUGGUGAAAUAAUUUUGCUGGGAGAAGAUCCGGCAGUCAUCAAGGAAAUGGAUAAAAAUAAAGUAUCAAAAGAGUAAUUGGAGCAACAACCAAACAGAAGUUGCAGUUGUGUAUAAUUGGUUUCAUUAGUCUUUCUACACGGUGACACUCUUCAUUUCUUGUGUAUUUAUUCGUUUCAUCCUCCCUUGUACUUACAAUGCUACUUGCUGUAUCUGCUGCAGGAGGCGAGAAAGUCUGCGUCAGUCCAAAAAAUAUUCCUGUCUGCAGAUCCUGGUCUGCUAGCGACACUAUGGACUAUGUGCCUGGAAAGCAAAGCUGGUAUAUGGAAGAAUUUAGUACUAGUCGUUUUAAUUCAGUGUGGAAUGAGAUUGUGUUCAGAGUUGAUUCAAUGUUGGGGAUUGUGAUUUGUGCAUGCCUUUGUUUGUUUAGAUCAUGCAACAAAUCGUUGUUGUUUUCAUUUAUUGUUUUUGCGGUUUUUAAAGACUGUGUGAAUUGUGUACUCUUGCACUACAAAGACUGUGUGAAUUGUGUA